AGCGCGACGGCCAUUGACUUCCCCGCCCACCUUCUCCCCGUCUCCCUCCCAAUCGGAUCCGUCCCUCGCCUAUAAACUCUCGCUCUCCCCGCCUCUCCGGGGUCCAGCUCCCAACUGCCACCGAUUUGUUUGACGCCGCCUCGGGACCUCCCUCCACACUCGCGAGCCGCUGCUCCCGAACCUCCCCUGCCGAUCUCUGCCCUGCUGUGCCGGCGAGAGGGAUCAUGGCGGGGGAAGGGGAGGAGGUGUACGUGGCGGCCAUCGACCAGGGAACCACCAGCACCCGGUUCAUCAUCUACGACCGCCACGCCAAGCCCGUCGCGUCGCACCAGCUCGAGUUCAAGCAGCACUACCCGGAGGCAGGGUGGGUUGAACAUGAUCCUAUGGAGAUUUUAGAGACUGUGAAAGUGUGUAUGAAGGAGGCAGUUGACAAAGCCAAAGAUGGUAAAUACAACGUGGUUGCUGGUUUGAAGGCCAUUGGGAUCACAAAUCAGAGGGAAACCACUGUUAUGUGGAGUAAAUCCACUGGCCUUCCGCUAUACAAUGCCAUUGUGUGGAUGGAUGCUCGCACAAGCCCUGUUUGCAGGAGAUUGGAAAAUGAGCUAUCAGGCGGUAGAACGCACUUUGUGGGGACGUGUGGGUUGCCAAUCAGUACCUAUUUCAGUGCUCUGAAGUUAUUAUGGUUGAUGGAAAAUGUGGAUGCUGUCAAGGAUGCAGUCCGGACUGGUGAUGCCUUGUUCGGCACAAUCGACACCUGGUUGAUCUGGAACCUUACAGGAGGCAUUGCUGGUGGGCAGCAUGUCACAGAUUGCUCAAAUGCAUCUCGUACAAUGCUUAUGAAUCUAAAGACACUAGACUGGGAUAAGCCAACACUUGAUGCAUUAGGAGUUCCUGUUGAGAUUCUGCCAAAGAUUAUCAGUAAUUCAGAGAAAAUUGGUGUGAUUGCCAAAGAGUUCCCCGUGGCAGGUGUACCCAUCUCAGGGUGUCUUGGGGAUCAGCACGCUGCUAUGCUUGGGCAGCUGUGCCAGAAGGGUGAAGCAAAAAGCACCUAUGGGACUGGUGCCUUCAUCCUUCUCAACACAGGGGAAGAGCCUACCCAAUCCUCACACGGUCUUCUUAGCACCAUUGCUUACAAGCUUGGCCCAACUGCACCCACUAAUUAUGCUCUCGAAGGAUCCAUUGCAAUUGCAGGCGCAGCAGUUCAGUGGUUGAGGGACAGCCUUGGAAUUAUUCAAACAGCAGCCGAAAUUGAAAAGUUGGCUGAAACUGUGCCGGAUUCUGGUGGUGUAUACUUUGUGCCAGCAUUCAAUGGGUUGUUUGCACCAUGGUGGAGGGAUGAUGCAAGGGGGAUCUGCAUUGGAAUCACAAGGUUUACAAAUAAGGGGCACAUUGCUCGAGCAGUACUUGAGAGUAUGUGCUUUCAGGUGAAUGAUGUCCUCAGCUCCAUGCACAAGGAUGCUGGAGAGGCUGGAGAAGUAAAGAGCGCAGAAGGGGAGUUCUUGUUGCGUGUUGAUGGUGGAGCAACUGUUAAUAGUCUUCUUAUGCAGAUACAGGCUGAUUUGUUGGGUAGCCCUGUUGUCAGACCAGCUGACAUUGAGACAACAGCUCUUGGAGCUGCAUAUGCUGCUGGAUUAGCUGCUGGUGUCUGGACGAAAGAGCAAGUAUUCUCCGGUUUGCACAAGGAGAACACUACAGUUUUCCGCCCCAAACUGGACGAGGCACACAGGAAGAAGAGGGCAGAUUCAUGGUACAAGGCGGUGUCAAGAUCAUUUGACUUGGCUGAUCUUUCCCUUUAGAUUGCCACAGCUUGUUCUGGAUCAUUGGCUUCGGCCUGUGCCUGGGUGGUGUAUUGUUAGCCCACGGAGUGCAUCAUGAAUUAAUAAGUUGCCAGUUCUGUUGACAUUGGUCCAGUGGGGUGUUCUUGUAUUUACUUUCAUGUGUUAAGCAGGAAUGGAUCACAGUUGUCUUUACAAACAUAAGACAAACAUCCUCAAUUCUUAUUCAAAAGGAGUUAUACAUGGCCUUUGUUCUCAGUUGA